AUGGAGAAUUCAAGCAACCUCGAGAAACAACCCGAAACUUCAACUGAACAAACUCAAUUCACCCCGACUCCUACACAGCCAUCACCCAACACCUUUAUACCGUCUGAACAACAACCACAAACCACCCAAGCUGCUUCUCCACUUCCAUCUAUACCACCACCACCAUUCCCGGAUUUAGACAACAUGCCACCCCUCACAACUCAACCAAUAUCAUUCCAAUACCCAACAUACACCCAAACUUCUAGCAUUCAACAUUCUUCACCAUACGUGAGGAUCGUUGAUGAUCAGAGCACCGUCCUACCUAAUCAAGCACAACCCGUUAACUCAUCCACUUCAAUUUAUUUACCGACACAACCAUCCCAUUACCAACCAGCUCAGCAUCAACGGUUCUCUUUCAGACCUUCAAUACUUGAGCAAGGGAAUAGUCCAAGGGAUUUUGGGGAUGAUUACGAUGAGUAUGAUAAUUACGGUAAUCAAGCUGAGCGGCAAGGAAUGCAAUUGGGUAAUUACAAAGGGAAUAUGGGAUCGAGAGUAUUAGAACAGGGGAAUCAGAAUGUUUUGGGUUAUCAAACGGUUUUGCAGCAACAACAAGUUCCAUAUCAACAACCGUAG